AUGACGAAAAACGAUGAGCCUAGUCAGGCUUUUAGCCAGGAAGACCACCAGGUUGCAUACGUCUUCGAUCCUAAUGAAGAGGAAACCCGUCAACAGCAUGCUUCCAAACGCCGCCGAGUAUCGAAGCAGACCAAAGUAGCGACCACUAGUAUGGAGCCAGCGUCUCCCAACUUUGUGCCGUUAUUCAAUGGCGUAGAAAAGAUUGAGUUCGUUCAAGCUCGUGAGAAGCUCUUCCGUGAGAGCUGGGAAAGGGUGGACUCUCGCAUCCAGAAUGCGUUGAGAGAGUCAAACUCAGCCACAUUAGAUGAAGUGGCUGCUUUCGUGAGUGAGGCGCAGGCAGAAUCAUAUGACAAGAUCCCCUCUGUUUUCAUUCGUACGGGCUCCAACAUUGCGUCGCAAAACUUGCUGUUCGAACAGCUAUCAGACUGUCUUCAAGGAUCCACACCAAGCAAGUUUGUGAGGCUACGCUCAUCCGAGGUUACGACUCUCAAGUCAACACUGAAGAGGAUUAUUCAAGAUGUCACACGCCGGGAUAUUGAAGACGAGGAAGAAGAUGAGAUCCAGCCUCAUACCAAGCAUCUGGACUACGAUUUAGAAGCAUUGAGGGCUUUUAUCAAGCCCGAAGCUUGCGAUCAUGUUUUUGUAGCCUUUGAGGAUAGCGAGGGAUUUGACAGCACCCUUCUGUCAGACCUAAUUCCUUUACUCAACUCCUGGAGGCCCCGGAUUCCGUUCACACUCCUUUUCGGAAUUGCUACCUCGGUUGAGCUUCUCCAGGCACGUUUGCUCAAGACAGCUUGCCAACAGAUCUACGGCGCGCAGUUCGAUGCGGUCCAGACUGAUGCUAUCCUUGAGGCCAUCUUCAAAAUAGCAGUCUCCGCUAGCGAUGUUCCCUUGAGACUAGGUUCGCCGCUUCUCAAAAGCAUGCUGGACCGUCAGCGCGACCAAAUGGCUGGCAUCCAGGCUUUCAUUAGCUCUCUAAAAUAUGCAUACAUGUGUCACUUCUACGCCAACCCUCUAAGCUCUUUGAUGGGCCCUCCGCUCCAACUCCAACCUCAGCCAGAGCAUAUUGAAUCGAUUCGGAACACACCAUCCUUCCGAGUUCUUGUGGAAAGGCUGAUCGAGUCUGAUGAUGCAGGAGAGCUAUCAAAUGCGCAAUCUCUUUUGGAGAACGAUGCAUAUCUAAUUGAGCAGAUCGAGAGUGCCAUGAAAGAGAAGCAGCGGUGGGUUAACGGCCUACUUCGUUCUCUGCUUCUUGCUGUGGCAUCUGGAGCAAUGGACGGUGACUUCUCGACCGUGUACUGCAGAGCCAUGAUGGAAGGCAUCGACGACUCAGAAGUGACGGAGCAGGUUCGACGAAUGGAUGUACCCAAGCUCCUGGCUUUCAUCCGUCAAGUGCUCUCGAUCUUUCAGAUUGGGGACCCUACAGUGAAUUUAUCGCCCUAUGAAGGGGACGACGAUCUCUUCUUCGAACUGGCUCUAAAGAAGCUCCAAGAGGGCAUUGAGUCUCUUGCAAAGCUAGCUCAGGAGAAGUCCAUCACCCUGCGGAGCAAAUACAUGGGUCAGACCAAAGUUAUGCGAACAACGGUGAUCGCGCAAAGAGUCCAACUCAGCCGAGACUCUGCUGCCUUGAGCGAGGAGGACAAGCAGUAUACGGGCUACGUCGACGAGCUCACGAAGUUGCUGUCGCGACAUGUGACUGUCCUGCCUGUUUCACACGUCUUUCUCUCCGAGUGCUGGACAUAUGACUCGAUGUCGCCGGCUCGAGACGUGUUUGUUCCCCGGCCCCGUGCCACCUUUGAGAGGAGCCUCACUCGUCCUCAUGACUACCUUAGUUGUUCUUGCUGCAAAGACAACGGGGGCGGCAUUCAGUCGACGUUGCCGGCAACGUCCAUUCUCUACCAGCUCUACCUCGAAACUGGCAGUUUGGUCAAUGUUGCAGAUUUGUGGACAGCCUUUCUCGACAUUGUUGGGGAGGAGGAAGGCGACGAGCGCAAGGCCCUUCUUUUAUUCUACCGUGGCCUGGCCGAGCUGCGGACGCUUGGGUUUGUUAAGAGCAGCAAGAAGAAGGUUGACCAUAUUGCCAAACUGAAGUGGCUUUAG